GAUAUAGUAAAUGCGAUGUCCACAAGAGGGGAACUGCCCCUAGAGCUGGCGCUGCGAGGUCGUAGUGCGUCCAUCGCCACGACGCUCCUCCAACACUGCGCUGAUGCAGACGCUCGAGGGCCCAGGGGAAGAACAUUGCUACAUAGGGCAAUUGAUGCGAGAGACGCUUUCUCAGCUAAAUUCCUGGUGGAGAAUUCUGCAGAUCCCAAUCUUACGACAAAAGAAGAGGGUGACACAGUUUUACAUCUUAUAGCCGGCCUUACGGCAAGUUCAUGCGAUCCGGAAACAAUGGAACAAAUGGUAGAAAUUGCAGAAAUUAUGGUGCAAAAAGGAACCGAUAUAAACAGACAGAAUAGGAAAGGAUACACACCUCUUCAUCAAGCAGUUAUAGCUAGGAAUCAAAAGAUAUUCGAUCUCCUUCUAAAACAAUCUAAUUUAGAUACCAAUUUGAGAACAACAUCAGAUGAGCAUCCACCGUUGUACUACGCGCUUGUAGACGAUAGGCGAGCGUCAAUAUCUUCAAGCGAGACUUUAGUCAUGAAUGGAUCGAAUCCCUUCGAUACACCGGUCACGAAUAAGAAUGCGUUCAGUGAAGACCCUGUUGAGGGGAAGACUGAGAGUAUAAUUGAGAGAGGUUUCGCUGCCAAAUUGUUAGAAAAAGGAUGUCAACCAAAUCCGCUCUAUUCCGGUUCUGGGGACAGUUUACUUCAUAUUUUGGCUCAAGGAUGGUUUGAGGAAUCGGCAGUUUUCUUAGCGUCCAACCUCAAUGGUGACUUAAAUCACACGAACGAGGCGGGACUAACGGCGCUGCAUGCGUCGUGCGCCAGCGGCCUAACUAAACUGACAGCAACACUUUUGGAACAUGGUGCAAGACCUAACCUGCAGACUGCUUAUGGUGAACACGAAGACACUGUUUAUAGACAGACGCCGUUACACUUGGCAGUACUGAAUAAUCACGAAGGAUGCGUAUUAGCUAUUAUAGAACACAAGAAAAACAUCGAAAAGGGAGACUUGCCCGCGAAUGAUAGAUCCAAUGUUAGUCUCGUGCCUAACCUCAAUUUGAAGAAUUCGGAAGGAGAUACGCCUCUCAGUUUAGCUCUUACAGAAGGUCACAAGCAGUUAGUGGCACCAUUAAUAGACGGUGGUGCGGAUCCUAACGUGCGCAACGGAAAGGGUUUCACUCUACUGCAUCAAGCCAUCAUCGAAGAAGAUUCUAGAACCGCCAUAUAUUUACUGGACCAUGGCGCUGAUAUGAAUAUAUUGACGGACGCAGGCGAGACGCCUCUCCAGCUCGCCAUACAUUGCCGCCUGGGUUUGGUUGUGGAGGCGCUGUGCGUCCGCGGCGUGGACAUGAGCAAGCUGGACGCGAACGGCGUCCCACCUUUAUGGGCUGCGCUGGAUUCGGGACAGGAGGAAGUGGCUAGUAUUUUAGUCAGGAAUGGGGCUGAUGCUGACUGUUGGGGACCGGGACCCGAUGGCUGUUUACAAACGUUACUACAUAAGGCGAUAGACGAGAACAAGGAGUCGCUAGCGACGUUCCUGAUCCGCUCCGGGUGCGACGUGGAGUCGGCGCGGCGCCCGGGCGCCGCGGGCGAGGGCGCCGACGCCGCCGCCGACCGCCACACGCCGCUGCACCUGUGCUGCACUUGGGGGCUCACUGAUGUCAUACAGACGCUUCUCGAGCACGGCGCGAACAUAAACUCCAAAGACGCUGAAGGAAAAACACCUCUACACAUCGCAAUAGAGAAUCAACAUGCAACUAUAAUAUCGCUGCUUCUCUCACAACCGGGUGUUGAUCUCUCGGCACGGGAUAACAAAGGGGUGACUCCGUUCGCGGCGGCCCUCACUGCGAGAAACAAUAAGGCAGCUCAAGCCAUAUUGGAAAAGAACCCUUCGGCUGCUGAACAGGUUGACAAAAAGGGAAGAAAUUUCCUACACGUGGCAAUACAAAAGUGUGAUAUGGAGAGCUUGAUGUUUUUACUAUCCGUGAAGGUAGAUGUUAAUUCGCGCGUACAAGAUGCGACGCUAGCGCCACCUUUACACCUAGCCGCUGCCGCAGGAAACGAGGUGCUUUUAAGAAGUUUGCUAUUGGCGGGAGCACGGCCCAACGACAGAGAUGCACAUAAGCGCACGGCGCUGCACGUGGCGGCGGGCGCGGGCGGCGGCAGCGGCGCGGCGCUGGUGUCGGCGCUGGUGAGCGGCGGCGCGGAGGUGGGCGCCGUGGACGCGGCCGGCGACAACGCGCUGCACGUGUGCGCGCGCGAGGGCCACGCGCCCGUCGCGCGCGCGCUGCUCGCCGACUCCGACAUCGACGCGGCCGCCACUAACCUCAAAGGUCGUAACCCACUCCACGAGUUAUGUUGGUGUAAAAAAGAUAACGCCGCAACGAUAUGUGAAAUUUUCCUAGAGUUUAUGCCAGACUUCCCCAUAAACAGGACUGACUUACAGGGUAACACUCCACUUCUCUUGGCGUAUAUGAACGGUCAAGCAGCGAUGUGCCGCGUGCUGGUGAAGGCGGGAGCUUGUCUCGCACACGAGAACAAGGAAGGAGUUUCUAUAUUUAACUAUCAGGUAGCAACGAGGCAACUACUCCACCGGCUACUGGACGCGCUUCCCGCGGAGGCGCCGUGGGCCGAGAGCGACUUGUGCCAGGAGUGCGGCACCAAGUUCACACUUACAAUGAGGAAACAUCAUUGUCGACACUGCGGCCGCAUGUUGUGCAACAAAUGCUCCAGCCAAGACAUCCCAAUUCUGAAGUUCGGGAUGAACAAGCCCCAACGGGUUUGCGAAAUUUGCUUCAACGUGCUCCAAGUUGGCGCCAGUUAGUUUGUACGGGAAUAAGUGAUACGUUUGAUAGGAAUUAAAUUAGGGAAGGCUUUUAUACGUUAAACGCGUUUAUACAUUUUAAAUACUGACUUGUAAUUAGUACGUUAAGUAUCUUAUUCUUGAUAUCGUUAAGCGAUAUUGUUUUGUUUCGAAAGAUUUUUUUCUUGUCACUAGAAAUAUUGUCAGCUUAGUGACGACAAUUAUGACCUGUUUGGGAAAAUAUUGAAGUAAAAUUAGAUAGAUUGAUAUAUACUGUGUAAUUAGUGAAUGCGCUAUAGAGUUAGUGCCUGUAAGUGAUACUAAUUUAUAUUCUGAAUGCUAUUUUAUUGCAAUAUGUCAAGUGACCUUAAACCAAGCAAUGUUCGUAAUGCCUCUUUUGUUAUAAAUGUCGUUAUUAAGCGCUUUCUCUAGACAGUCCAAUUUUAUUAUUGCAGUAGAUUGUAGACUUGGUGCCUCGCUUCACCUUAACGAUAGUACCAAAGGUGUGGUGUGCUUUUUAUUAUAUCGACACUUAUCGAUUUUAUAAAUGAUCUUAAUUAUGUAUAAUUAUUUAUGUUAAAAAAAGUUUAUCCCAUUUCAAAUUUAUUAAAUGUGUUUAAUGUUUCAAAAAUUUUAUAUAUUUUUUUACUUUAUCAUGAUGAUGUUAAUCACGAUCGUUUUGGAAAUUGCAUUUGAUAUAAGUACAUUCCAAUCCAUCGGUAUUAUUUUAAAAAUAUUUAUAUGUGUAAUUGCACCAUUUUAGUAAGAUGUGUGAAAAUAGUCAGGCUAUGAAUUACAUUUUCUAUUUACGCAAUGAUUUAUUUGCUAAAAUAAAUUUAUUUAAACA